AUGGUUGAGAUCGAAGCCAAGUUUGGGACUCUGAUGCGAGAUGGCGAGAGGUAUCAGUUGCCUGUAUUGAAUGCCUGUGUGAUCAACCCACAAGCCAAUAGCAGACUCCAUUUUGAGAGCACAAUGAGUGUGCUCGAGCACAAGAGCGCCAACGAAUUCCUCAACGAGACGAUCAAGCAAUCGAUGCUGCCCGGACGCGUCAAGAUGAACUACGUGCAUCUGUACGAGACCGACUCCUUUUACGCCCUCUCCGACGCCGGGCAGCAAGCUCUCCCGCGAUCUAUCCAACAACGACAAGGGACUAGAAAGCCUCGCCUCCGAGUCACCCGGCGCCACGCCAAAGACGGCUCCAACGCCAUCGUUGCACGCAUUGUCAAAGUUUCCAUCGCCAACCUGCACAUCUACAACCCGGGCGACAACUUCGACUGCCGCAUCUCCAUCAACCUCGAAGUCAACCUCGACCGCCCCGAUCUGGACCUGGACUCACUCAUCUCCCAAGAUCCGCAACAGCAGGUGCAGGAGGUGGAUCGCAAGAAGGACCGCGUGGCGUACAAGCACCUUGCUUAUUCCAUCGACCUCACCAAGGUCGAGAGACAAGGACUUGAAGCCAGUCAUGAGUUGGAGCUCGAAGUCGAUUCGACACUUCUGCGCGAGCAGUUGGAGCUCUUGGGGCAAGGCCGUGAUAAUGCGUUUGGUGACAUUGUGGGCGGCUUCUGGGACAAUGCCGUCUUCUUGAUGGACAAGCGCACGCAGCAGAACCAAGCCGCGCCCAGGCCCUCCGCUGCUGCUUAG